UGUUCAUGUAUUUGCUUUGGAAAAGAAUACACGGAGUGGACAGAGGUUUUACCUUGUGACAUCAUAUAAAGAGCUUUGGUUUUAUUACACGUGAGUAUGGGAAAAGGUACCCCUGUAUGUUGCUAAAAGUAGUAUAUUGGAUAUCCCAUUACCCAGUAAGAGCUGUGACUGGAUAGCCAUCCCCAGGAGCUGCCUGCUGCUCUGACGAGAACAGAGCUGUAAUCGGUUGCCUGAGGUUUCAUCUUGGCCAUGGGAAAAAUGAUGUAGUUUCAAGUACUGACUACUUGAUCAUGUGCUGAACUUUUUUCCCCAUUUGGCUGUUUUAUAAUAAGACAUUUGGUUAUGAAGUAAAAGAAAUCUGAGUCAGUUUUUUUUAAUUUUCUUUUCUCAAUUUGAAAAUGAGAUUAUUUUUUAAUUUAAUUUGAAAAAAACUCUGUAUAAUCUCAUUGUUCGUGUUUAAAACAUAUGUGUGAAAACUUCAGUUUUUUGCUGUAUUUUUCAUAGUUCUUUAAAUGCUCAACAGCCUUUCUGUAUGCGUUGUAAGACUUGUGGGGGCACGGGGAGGAGAAUAUUCACAAAAUUAAAUUCUAGGCCAGACAAAUAAUCUUUGUUGAUAUUUGAUGCUGAAGUUUGUUACAAUUUUUUUCAAAGCAUUAAAAAAAAAUAUUUAGGACUUGUGGGAUCCUUGUUUGCAACUGAAAAGUAUGUAUAAUGUCUAUUUGUGAUUUGUUUUUAUUUAUCCUUAGCAAAGGUUACAAAACAAGUCUUAUGCAUUGCUAUGAAGUAAUUCCUGAAAAAGAUGCUUGCAAACUUUAUUUUGAUUUGGAGUUCUACAAACCAGCAAAUCCUGGUGCAGAUGGCAAGAGUAUGGUUGCAAAGCUAAUUGAGCUUGUCAGCCAAAAAUUAAAAGAACUUUAUGAUGUAAAUUGUUCAACUAAAGAUGUCUUGAAUUUAGAUUCCAGUACUGAUGAAAAAUUUAGUCGGCACUUAAUAUUUCUACCCCAAAAGACUGUAUUUAAGGAUAAUAUUCACGUUGGUAACUUUGUGAGAACCAUUUUGCAGCCUGCCAUAAGAUUAAUGGAGAGCAAGGCUGCUGCUGCUGCUGCUGUGAUUCCAGAAGAAGCAGCAAGACAUGUUUUCCAGUCUUCUGCAGAAGCAGUUGGAUUAGAUGGUUCUCUAACAAACCUCGCAGAUGCUUCCAAAGGCUGGCCAGACAUUGCUUUCAAAACAAAGGACACAGAAAUGUCACACCAGGGAGAAAAUUCGGAUUUUUCCUUUCUAAUAGUAAAUGAUAAAGAAGGCAACAAGCAACUUUUCGUGGAUCUAGGAGUUUAUACAAAGAAUAGAAACUUCCGGAUGUAUAAAUCAUCAAAAGCAGGAAAAAAUGUGAUUCUGAAGAUAGCAGAGGAUAAUAAGUUUAUCCCUAGCUGUGAAAAGGAUGUUUCCUUGGAAGAAGCAUAUUUUCUUUCCUCUUUAAUCUGCAACAUUAGAGUCAGUGAUGACACCAAAGUUCUGUCGUCUGGCUUUUCAGAGGAGGAGAGAAAAAUGUCUGCUUUUUUAAACAGUAAAACAACCAGAAGCAGCCAAGAUUCCAUGGAAGGCUAUCAGGGUUCGCCGUAUCCAGAAAUUGAUAAUUUUGUUCAUUCUUUGGUUAAUAAAGAUGGGCUACAAGGAGGGAUACGGCAGUGGAAUUACUUCUCUCUCAAAGAAAUACUUGUAUAUGAUAUUUCUGGUUACCGCUGGUGUGAAAAUAUUGGAAGAGCUCACAAAAGUAACAACAUAAUGAUUCUGGUAGAUCUGAAGAACGAAGUCUGGUAUCAAAAGUGUCAUGAUCCUGUCUGCAGGGAACAAAACUUCAAAUCACAAAGUUUUCCAUUACCACCUGGAAUAUGUCUCCUGUCUCUUUUCAAAGAGGAAGAAGAGUAUACACCGCUGGAUGAAAGGGGGAACACAGAAGAAGAAGAGUGGAACCCACAUUUUAAUGCGUCAGACUUGUCAGAAAGCUCGGUAUCUCUGGCAAACAGCUUGUCUCAAGACUUAGACAGUGAGUGGGAAAAUGCAAGCGUUGAUGCCUGUUUCCUGGAAGCUGCCGAAGAUGUGGAACUCGCCGAAGCUGCAAAUGAUAGUCUGAAUUAUGCCAUGGAAGAAAUCCCAGAUGAAGCUCUUUUGGAAGCUUUAAGGAAAGAAGACUCUUGCAAUAAAGAAGGCAGCUAACCACUGGCUUGGCCAGCACACAGACUGCCAGCACUGACAGCUGCAGUGUGCUGUGUGCCCCUGGAAAGAGACUGCGACGUAGUUCGAAAGCACUAUACCAAAGAGCAGAUUAGCUGGAUGAUCUUGAACAGGCACGAGGAGAUCACUGAAGAUUAUAUGGGGUCUGAAAAGUGCUGGAUUGAAACACUCAUC